UGUACGGGCUUGCUGGUACUUGGUUCAAUACGUUAUGCAUGGCCGGUGGUGGUAGUUUCAGGAAAAGUGCAAAUCAUACGGCUUGCACAGUAUAGCCGUAGCCCGUAAUAGUCGUUUGAAUUACUGUCGCCUGUGUUUAACAGCAGUAUUGUGAAAUGUAUGUUCUGGGCACAGUGGUUGCAUGCUUGGUUUGUUUUCUGCUUUUGAAAUGGACGAAGAGGAGACGAUUCUGCCUCGAUACAAAAAGACUACAUGGCAAGACAGUGCUUAUCACAGGGGGACAUUGUGGGAUUGGGAAGGAGACAGCGAUCGCUCUGGCUCAGCGAGGAGCCCGGGUGAUUAUUGCCUGUCGAGACUCUGGGAAAGCCGAAGAGGCAGUGAGGGAGAUUAGGAGAGCGAGCUGCAGCAUGAAUGUGCAGCACAUGAAACUGAACCUGGCGAACCUGCAGUCCAUCCGAGACUUCAGUGAGGCACUGCUGAAGAGAGAGAAGCGGCUGGACGUGUUGAUCAAUAAUGCUGGAAUGCCGUGUGUCCUGGACUGGACAGACGAUGGCUUCAGCAUGUGCUUUGGCGUCAAUCACCUGGGUCACUUUCUGCUCACCAAUCUCCUGCUUGGCCGCUUGAAGGAGUCGUCCCCGAGCCGUGUCAUCAGCCUCACCUCCUCUAUGUACAAGUACCAGAAACUGGACUUCCAGGAUCUGAACUACAACAUCGUGCCUUUCUUCACCUACUGCCGGAGCAAGCUGGCCAACAUCUACUUCACUCAGGAACUGGCCAGGAUGAUGGAAGGGAAAGGAGUGACUGCAUAUUCUGUACACCCAGGGUUUGUUCACAGUGACUGGACGUCCCACUUCUCCUCAGUGUUUCGCAUGCUGCUGUGGUUUGUCAUGGUCUUGGUUUCCGUGCCCUGUGAAGUUGCUGCUCAGACCGUCGUUCACUGUGCUGUAGCAGAUGAAGUCCUACAGCACAAUGGGAAGGUUUUUUUCGACUGCCAGCCCGCCAAACUCCACCCCUUCGCGGAGGAUGAGGGGGCGGCUAAAAAGCUGUGGGAAGCAAGUGAGAGGAUGGUAAACCUCAUCUGACAGAACCCUGUUCUGAUUUGGUGACUGCGAUGAUUGAUUCCAGAUUGGAGGUCAAACCACUGAAGUCAAUGGGACGGGGUCUCAAAUGAAUAACUAACUGUGUUUCAUUUCCAUCAGUGGUUUACACUCACACGGGAAACAUUUUUUGGCACAGGUUGGAAUGCUUCAUUCUGUUAAAACAGUUUAAAUUUACUUGCAUGUUCCUGUGCUGACGCAGAUCAAAGUGCAAAUGAAUGCACUGAGUUUGCUGUAGAGGAGUUCAGGCUCGUAGUCUGCGUUUCUUAUUGAUUCUCAGCCUGGAUGAAUGAGGAGGAGUACAGGCUCGUAGUCUGCAUUUCUUAUUGAUUCUCAGGCUGGAUGAAUGAGGAGGAGUACAGGCUCGUAGUCUGCAUUUCUUAUUGAUUCUCAGCCUGGAUGAAUGAGGAGGAGUACAGGCUCGUAGUCUGCAUUUCUUAUUGAUUCUCAGCCUGGAUGAAUGAGGAGGAGUUCAGGCUCGUAGUCUGCGUUUCUUAUUGAUUCUCAGCCUGGAUGAAUGUAGAGGAGUUCAGGCUCGUAGUCUGCAUUUCUUAUUGAUUCUCAGCCUGGAUGAAUGAGGAGGAGUACAGGCUCGUAGUCUGCGUUUCUUAUUGAUUCUCAGCCUGGAUGAAUGAGGAGGAGUACAGGCUCGUAGUCUGCAUUUCUUAUUGAUUCUCAGCCUGGAUGAAUGAGGAGGAGUACAGGCUCGUAGUCUGCAUUUCUUAUUGAUUCUCAGCCUGGAUGAAUGAGGAGGAGUACAGGCUCGUAGUCUGCGUUUCUUAUUGAUUCUCAGCCUGGAUGAAUGAGGAGGAGUACAGGCUCGUAGUCUGCGUUUCUUAUUGAUUCUCAGCCUGGAUGAAUGAGGAGGAGUACAGGCUCGUAGUCUGCGUUUCUUAUUGAUUCUCAGCCUGGAUGAAUGUAGAGGAGUACAGGCUCGUAGUCUGCAUUUCUUAUUGAUUCUCAGCCUGGAUGAAUGAGGAGGAGUACAGGCUCGUAGUCUGCGUUUCUUAUUGAUUCUCAGCCUGGGUGAAUGUAGAGGAGUACAGGCUCGUAGUCUGCAUUUCUUAUUGAUUCUCAGGCUGGAUGAAUGUAGAGGAGUUCAGGCUCGUAGUGUGCAUUUCUUAUUGAUUCUCAGCCUGGAUGAAUGAGGAGGAGUACAGGCUCGUAGUCUGCAUUUCUUAUUGAUUCUCAGCCUGGAUGAAUGUAGAGGAGUACAGGCUCGUAGUCUGCAUUUCUUAUUGAUUCUCAGGCUGUAAAGUUCUUGUUCUUUACCCUAAAAUGCAGUGGAAUGAUCCCAACCUGUAGCAAUACUGUGUACUGUAUUUAUUGACUGUCAUGCUGUAUAGCAGUACCAGAGUGAAUUUUUGGCGCGGGUACAGUGUGAUACAUUACUGUAGGAGGGGGUCCUGCACCACAAUAAGACAUUCUAAGACUUUGUUCAAGUUAUUUCCAACCCACCAGAAGGUACUGUAAUUUAAUCUGUAUUGCAGUAUGACCUCUCUGCACUUCAUGAUAAUGUCAGUGGCUGUUCUGCUACAGUAUUCCUUGCUUGAAUGAUUACGUUAGCUUUACAGUUUUACAGUUAGUGCCGUAUCUGCAAUGCAAAUCCAGUGUCUCAGAUAUAGCACGACUUUGGAUUUCGUUACAGGUAAACUACUGAAAAAGUCACAAAUUGCUAACUACAACUGCAGUGGGAUCCAAAUAUAAUGUACAUUCGAAUGCAUGUGAAGUGAAAACGUUUUAAAAUGCUAGUAUACGAUGUCAGUUAUGCAUCACUGUCUUUUUAUUUUUGUUAUUUUAUAUAAUUCUGUGUAUAUGCGCACACAAUAUGACUUGUAUGAAAUAAAAAUAUAUAUUUCUCAGGUUUAAAACUGAUACUGUACGUCAUCUACUGUAUAUACAAGUUAUGUAUGUGGGGCUUUUAACCUGGUAUCA